GAUAUCCCACAAACUGAGGAAACAAGGAUUCAGAUGUAAGUUUAAAAUUAAAUUCAAUAAGCGAGUUGUGCUAGUGGAGCUCUGGCUGCUACGAAGGAAAGACAUAUAAUUAACUGACAGCUUGAAGACGGAGAGAAUAGACAAACUGCUGGAGGAAAAUAAUUCAUCUGACAGCAAAGAUGCAGUGGAGUCUGAUUCUGCUCUUCCUGAUGGGUCAGUGUUGCUUCAUUGACUGUCAGCUCUAUGAGUUUCACUACAUUAAAGAGGCAAAAACCUGGACUGAAGCUCAGCAGUACUGCAGAGAGAAACACACUGACCUGGUCACAGUGACUAACAUGAAGGACAUGAAGAGACUCAUCAACAUGUCAGAUGGAGAUAUAAAGGAAGCUUGGAUUGGUCUACCCUGGAAUCUACAGUUUAAUAAUGAGAUAAUCAAUAGUGGUCAAUGUGUCAUGACUGUGUUUGAUGAUGGAGGCAGAUGGAAGAAUGAGAACUGCACUGAAAGAAAACCCUUCAUCUGUUAUGAUGAUAAAUUGAUCCUGAUCAAGGAAAAUAAAACUUGGCAUGAGGCCUUGACCUACUGCAGACAGAACCACCAUGACCUGGUCACCAUCACCAACAUGGAUGAACAGAAACAGGCCCAGGAAAAAACCAAGAAGGCAUCGACUCCUUUUGUCUGGAUUGGACUGCGUUUCAACUGCAGGAUGAAUGUUUGGUUCUGGGUUUGUGAUAACUGGGUCUGGGACGGUCAGAGUGAUGAGUGCAACAUGUUUGGAGCCAUGCAGGCAGGAGGAGAGCAUCGGUGGUUCCAAAGAAACGGCAGCGAGAGAUUUAACUUCUUCUGUUUAUAUGAGUGUGAGGAAACCAAAAAGACCUAUAAAUAUCACUUGAUAGAAGAGGAGAAGACCUGGCUGGAAGCUCAAAGUUACUGCAGAGAGAAACACACAGACCUGAUCAGUGGAACGAAGCAACUACAGGAUGAAGAACUAAAGGAAAGACACCUGGAGUGGUCAGAUGGAAGCAGUUUCUCUUUCAGACACUGGAAUCUAGAGAUUAAUGAUCAUCAACCCAACAGUGGUCGAUGUGCCAUGACUGGGCUUCAUGAUGGAGACAGAUGGAAGACUGACUCCUGUGAAGAGACUAAACCUUUCAUCUGUUAUGAUGUCUUGUUUGCAGAGGAUAACGUGAUUCUAGUCAAAGAGAAGAUGAACUGGGAGGACGCCUUGUACUACUGCAGAGAUCACCACCAUGACCUGGUCACCAUCACCAACAUGGAUCAACAGAAAUGGAUCCAGGAGAAAGUCAAGGAGGCAUCGACUGGUUAUGUCUGGAUGGGUCUGCGCUACACCUGCACUCUGGAUUUCUGGUUCUGGGUCAGUGAUGAGGUGGUCAUCUUUGAGAACUGGGCCAAAGGUGAACCGAUGGACGACUGUGACAUGUCUGGUGCCAUGGAGACGGGAGGAGAUCAUCAGUGGAGGAAGAAAAAUGAUCUUGAAGAGUUUAAUUUUCUUUGUACUAAGGAUUAAGCACUGCUUUUUCCCUCUUCGUCCUCCAAUCGUUAAAUUAUUAUUAUUUUUUUCAUUUAUGUCAAAUAAUUACUUGGAGUAUACAUUUUCUUUUUAGACCAAACUUCAGAUAGCUCUCUGAAGAUGUUAAGAUUUCGUUUC